UUUUUAUGAGUUUACUAGAAUUUACAGAAGUCAAAGGUCAUGCUUGUGCCGACGAUAAUAUAUGUUUGCAUUUUAACGUUUGUAUCCGCAGCUGAUAAAGAACAAAAAUCGGCUUAUUAUUCUGAAGAAUAUUACAAUUAUUAUGACGAAGAGUAUGAUGACAUGCAGCUUAACUCAACUGAAACAGUCAAAGAUUCACAAGUUGAAGGUGAUACCGGCACAGACACUACGGUGGAGCCGCCAACCAUACUGAUAGCAGAUGCGAAAGUUGAUGAUUCCACCGACACAGACAAUACGGUGGAGCCGCCAACAAUAUUGAUAGCAGAUGCCAAAGACACAGAAUUUCGUGGUCGAGUUUCAUGUUCGACUACGCAGAUGACCUUGGAAAUCGAUAAAACUUUACUUCCAGUAGGACUUGGAUUCAGAGAUUCACUUUCCGAAGAUUUGGUAACGAAGGAGAACUCCGAGCCAAUACCAUGCAUUCGUAUCACCCAUAACAAAACGCAUUACAUUUAUAAUGUUUCUCUCGACUGCCAACGUGCGGUUGGAAAACUUGACUUUGUGGCGUCUACAAUUUACACUCAUGAAUUUAUCCUUAAUGAUAUUAGACCGAAGAAAUCAAAAAGAGAAUCAAUUCAAGCUUACUCAGUGAUUAUAGACUGCGAGACUCCACUUGCAAAGUCAACUCCUCAGAAAUGGUUUCCUCAGUAUCGGAUCUUUGAACACAGACAAGGUAGUGAUUGUUCGGUGGAAACAUGCCCGCAUGAAGAUCUGUGUUUGCCCAGUAAAAAUAUAAAAGGAUAUUUCUGCAGUUGUCCUCAAUUGGAAAAGAGUUGCGUUUGCCCUGACGAUUUCUACGGAUGUUCGUUUGGCGAUGGAAUAUCAACUUCUGAAAGCGUGAUAUGCGUAAGAAAUGAACAACUCUGUGAUACAAGAUAUGAUUGCCCUCUGCAAGAUGAUGAGAACUGCGGAGAUGUAUGGAAAGAUUGGGGUCCUUGGUCACAAUGCAGCGCCUCUUGUGGCGAAGGAACUCAAAUGAGACAACGUUCGUGUGCCUACGUGUUCAAACAAGAUCCAUCAAGACACAGCAAAGAAUGCUCAAAUUCAACUUCAACAGAGCAAGACGUUCGCUCUUGUAAUAGCAAAAGCUGUUCUUCUGUUGAAUGUGGAAGCCAAGAAAUGACGAUUGAGAUUCCCCUAGAAUUUGGGAUGACCCAAGAAUCUGUGAAAGAGAGGAUGCAUCUGACUAAAGUAGAAGAUGAGGAAGGAUGUGAACCAGUAGUUAAUUCAACCCAUGUUAGGUUCACAAUCCCGUUGCACAAAUGCGGUACAACAAACUGGGUUGAUGGUGACAUAAUAUUUUAUUCCAAUGAAGUUGAAUACGGUUUACAAGACCAGGAAUCGUCAAUAAUUGUGCGGGAAUUAGGGCAUUCCUAUACGGCAAAAUGUCAAUAUAAACGUCGACAAACCGUUUCUAUGCAACGGCUUGGAGCGGAUACAAGUUUUCAUGAAGUUGCAUCUUUAAAAUUUGAGGAAAUCACCGCAGGACGAAAUGGAGAAGCAUUAAGACUGGACGUGAUUACACAUUACUCGUCUGGUGAUGGCGAAUUUGAAUACAGAAUGGAUAUAUUCGAAGAUUCAUCUUACACGACGUCAUACAAAAAUGAAGAUUAUCCGCUCGAGAAAAAGUUAGGAGAAAGGUUGUUCAUUGGUGUCAAUUUUAAAAGUCAGGAUGAAGAUUUACAUGUUUUUAUUGAAAGAUGUUGGGCAACGUCAUCAGAUGAAAACAAAGCUAGUUAUGACGAUGCAAUGUACUUGUUUAUUAAUGGAGGAUGUCCCACUGACAAUACUGUUCAAUUUCAUAACGACGAUGAUUCGCCAUUUUCUGACCGAUAUUCGAUCGAAACAUUCAAGUUCAACGAUGCACAAUUCUGGUACAUCUACUUCCGAUGUGACGUCAUACUAUGUGACGCAAGCGAAAAUGAUCCCGCGUGUCAGCGUAAUUGUGUUGGGGAAAGCGAAGGAAGAUCUACAUUUAAACGACGAAAACGAGCAGCGAAUUAUAAAGAACAUACUUAUAGGCAAGUCAUGCAAGGACCGAUAGUUGUGUUGAACGAAAAUGAUGUCAUCGACCCUCAACAACGAUGGAGGUCAAAGACGAGCGUUGGAUCAGUGGAACAUAAAAUUAUAACCAAAGAGGAAGGAACCCGAAUUCGGUUUAUUGAUCAACAACCACGUGACAAGAAAAACGUUUGGGAAUCACCGUAUAUCGCUGCUGGAAUAGUCGGAAGCAUUUGUCUUGCUAUAGGAAUCGUUUUGGGAGUAAUACUAAGAAAGAAGAGCACACCUACUACAAGCAAAGAAGUGCAUUUAUAAAACUUUCAAUGUGCGCCUCUUAGACCAACUGGGAAAUUACAGGCAAACGACUGAUAAGUUUUAAGCAUUUUCGACAGAGUCGCAAAUCGAUAUUCAAAUCCAAAGUUUCUACAUUUUUGGACUACACUAUGCCCUACUCUGGAUUACCCUAUGGACAUUUUGUGUAAAAAAUUGGAAUUAAUACAGUUCCCCAUUACACCGAGUACCGAGAUACCUGACGACCUGCUGUAAAAAAUAAAAUAACACGAAAAUGGUACAUGAAUAACUUGUUUAGUGGUAUGAGAGUCACAAAAUAUAGUACUGCCGUAGUAUGUGUACCAGGUUAGGGUUAGGCUUCAAUUUUAUUCCGAAUUUCCUUGUUUUUAGUUGUAAUACGAGUUCGGCGACUGUCUGUGUUGGCCAAGUGAACAUAACCCCUGCCCAUAGGUCUCCGUCUCUUUACACAACUUGAUGUAAAAUAGGCUAACAAAAUUAGUUGCAUCCAUGUUGGUACACAUAUUUCUGAAGCGCCCGAAAUAAUACAUAAACAUACAUAGCAUAAUCCAUAGUCACAUAUGCGCUUUGAAUAAUUGAGUAUUUUAUAAUUAAGAAUUAAGUAAUCAAGUAUUUUCUCGAGAGAUACUUGAAUAUGAGGGAGAUUCUAAGAAAAACCUAAAUCGUUCUACUGUUUUAUUUAAUCGGAACUUCAAAUUUAUCUCUUGUUCAAAAUUUGAUUAUGUUCCUUCGUUAUUGCAUGUUUCACAAAUUUGCAUUUUGCACUAUGAUAUUUUACUGCCUUACUUUUUAUAUAAACUUGUGUAAAUACGUUUUCAAUAUUUUAUUGCUUUAAUAGCAUCAUGAGAUGUAACUGAGAAUGGCGAAUAUUGUAAAAAAAACGGGGAAAACUAAUUUGAAGUGAAUGUGCUUAUUCGCGAUGUAAAAGCUAAAAGACUAAUUUUUUUUGUUAGAAAUGUGAAUAAAUAAACUUUUCACGAAAAAGUAUUGAGAACAUCAGACGGGACUAUUGUCUUGUCAGGUGUAAUGUAAUGAAAACGGGGUUCGUCCUCAUAAAAUUAAAAAAAAAAAGUUUUGUUGU